AUGGCCGACCUAGUAUCUGGUAUCUCUAAGCUUAAUCCCUUCUCGAAGAAACCAGUGGACGACGAAGAUAAAGGCGAGGCUAUCGACGCAGGAACGGUAGCAGGCGGCGGACAUGCAGCGCGUCAGUCGCAUGUCACGAAAGACAAGCUUCGCGUGAGUGAAGCAAUCAAGAGCUAUCUCGUCAAAGAAGGCGUCUUGCAGGAGUCUGAAGCUGGGCUCAAAGUCGAUGAACCAACGAUGGCGUUGCGGGAGUUGCUCGAGAAGAGUCACAUCAAUGUACCUUCUGAAGUCAUUGACAGACACCACCCACUCCCAGAAUAUUAUAUCAGCUCAUCCCAUAACACCUAUCUGAUGGCUCAUCAACUUUUUGGCGAGUCGCAUGCCGCUGCAUACGAGAUCGCGCUUCACACCGGAUCGCGUUGCGUUGAGAUCGAUGCCUGGGACGAUGAGAACAACAAGGACGAGCCAAAGGUCACUCAUGGCUACACACUCGUCUCCAAUAUUCCCUUUCGCCAAGUAUGCGAGACGAUUCGCAACGUCGUAGACGAAGAGGCCGCAAAUGAGAUGAACGCCGCGCCCAUCAUGAUCUCCCUGGAAAACCAUUGCGACGCGCACGGCCAACUUCGUCUCGCACAAAUCUUGCAAGAAGUCCUCGGGCACCGACUCCUUAGCAAAGAAAUUCGCGACAAGGGCACUCGCGAGCAAGAUGAUCCUCAUAAACAUGAGCACAUCACGCUUGCAGAAUUAGGAAAUAAAGUCGCAGUCAUCGUGGAGUACCAUCUACCCAACGAAGUGGAGAGUAGUAGCAGCAGCGACUCGAGCUCCGAUGAAGAAGAGCAAAAGCAAGCUCGUCACGAUUAUGCAGAGAAGAAGAAAGCCACUAAUGCUGGUGUCAUUAUUCCAGAGUUGGCUGAACUAGGUGUUUAUGCGCAAUCGGUCAAGCCUGUCAACAACUCAUGGUUUGAAAGCGAGCUUGAGAAUGCCCCUCACCACCAGCUCAUCAACGUUUCAGAGUCCGGUUUGAGAGCUCACCUUCCCGCAAAUAGCGCAAAGAUCGCGCGUCAUAAUGCCCACCAUCUGAUGCGCGUAUACCCCAAAGGCACCCGUAUCUCUUCCAAGAACCUCGCACCAGUGCCAUUCUGGGGAAUAGGCGCUCAAAUUUGCGCAUUGAACUGGCAAACGUUCGGUGCCAGCUCUCAGAUCAACGAAGCGCUCUUUGCGGGCUCAGGCGGUUAUGUUCUCAAACCGGCUGCACUUCGCGCAGGUGGCUCUGGUAAUCUCAGUACUGGACGCCGUAAGAAACUUCGCUUGCACGUUGCAGGCGCCACAGACGUCCCUUUGCCGAAAGACCGCGAACACGAUGACAUAAAACCCUAUCUCACAUGCACUCUUGUGCAUCCCAAUGACUUGAACAAUAUGCCACCCAAGCGCAAAACCGCCGGCUACAAGCCCCACAAACUUACCGGCUUCUUGCACAAGGACAACUCACCAGCCACUGACCCCAUCUGGAAAGAAGUUCUUGAGUGGGAAUAUGACGACAACGAGUUAGUCUUCCUUCGUCUAUUGAUCAAGAGCGACGACAGCUUCGCCCGAAACCCAAUCUUCGCUGUCUCGGCCAUCAGGCUCAUGUACACCGUGCCUGGGUGGAGUUUCAUCCGCAUGUUGGACUUAGGGGGACAUGAAACUACGUGUACGCUGCUUGUGAAGUUUGAACUCUUGGACCUAUAG